AUGAUCUCAAAACCGGAGCGCAUCUUCCGCACCACGACUUUCCGUGUGCAAUCCUCUACGCCCGCCGACAGGACGCUCUGCCCUCGGAACUCCUACUCACUGCUCACUUCCGUUUCCCCAGAAGAGUAUCUCUACACGAUGCUUAAUGCCGCCGACACAGGCGACAAGUGGAACGCGUACUCGCCACAGCUCCAGGCCGAGAUCGAUGCAUUUGUGCUACCACGACCGGCUAAGUAUUCCAAGGAAAGCACUGAGCCCAUCACAAAUAUUUUAAUCUUGAGAAUUGCCAAGAUCUUUAGUGUCUCACUGUUGCUGCCGGGGUAG